CACAAACUCAUUCUAAAUCAAAAGAACAUACCAAAAAGUACCAGAGAGACUAAAGAUGAAGCGAUUCAUUGUUCUUGCGCUUUGCAUGCUUAUGAUUCUUGAAACCACAAAAGGUUUAGAUUUCCAUGACAAAGAUGUUGAAUCAGAAGAUAGCUUGUGGGAGUUAUACGAACGGUGGAGGAGUCACCACACGGUUGCUAGGAGUCUUGAAGAGAAGGCUAAGAGGUUUAACGUAUUCAAGCACAACGUGAAGCACAUCCACGAGACUAACAAGAAGGACACAUCUUACAAGCUGAGGCUCAACAAGUUUGGUGACAUGACUAGUGAGGAAUUUAGGAGAACAUACGCUGGUUCAAACAUCAAACAUCAUAGGAUGUUUCAAGGCGAAAGACAAGCCACAAAGAGCUUCAUGUAUGCAAAUGUAAAUACUCUCCCAACCUCCGUUGACUGGAGAAAGAAUGGAGCCGUCACUCCUGUCAAAAACCAAGGCCAAUGCGGGAGUUGUUGGGCGUUUUCAACAGUUGUGGCUGUGGAAGGGAUCAACCAAAUAAGAACUCAAAAGCUAACAUCACUAUCAGAGCAAGAGCUUGUGGACUGCGAUACAAACCAGAACCAAGGGUGCAAUGGAGGUCUAAUGGACUUUGCUUUUGAGUUCAUCAAGGAGAAAGGAGGACUCACAAGCGAGCUAGUCUACCCUUACCAAGCUUCAGAUGAAACUUGUGACACAAAGAAAGAAAAUGCUCCGGUAGUUUCAAUCGAUGGACACGAAGAUGUUCCUAAGAACAGCGAGGAUGAUCUAAUGAAAGCUGUUGCUAAUCAGCCUGUCUCUGUUGCCAUUGAUGCUGGAGGCUCAGACUUUCAAUUCUACUCUGAGGGAGUGUUUACAGGGAAAUGUGGAACAGAGCUAAACCAUGGAGUUGCGGUCGUAGGCUAUGGAACAACAAUAGAAGGAACAAAGUAUUGGAUUGUGAAGAACUCAUGGGGAGAGGAAUGGGGAGAGAAAGGAUACAUAAGAAUGCAAAGAGGGGUAAGUGAUAAAGAAGGACUCUGUGGCAUUGCAAUGGAAGCUUCUUACCCUCUCAAGAACUCCAACACUAAUCCUUCUGGACUCUCCUCGGACUCGCUUAAAGAUGAACUCUAAAUACUCCUUAAUCUUUAUGUUAUAAAGAAAAACAAUAAGUUUGAUCAUUAUUUGCUUUUUUUUUAUAUUUCUUUAAUCUAUAGCAUAUUAUGUAUGAAAUUGAUAAGAAGCUUUUGAAUUCAUCAAUGAUUAAUUGGUUUGUUACGUUA